GCGUUUGCAGAGAAUGCUUAUGCGAUUACAGAAGUAUUCAAUUGACAUUCAAUAUCGUCCAGGUAAAGAGUUAUAUCUGGCAGACACUUUGUCGCGAGCAUACCUAGCAUAUGAUGUAGACGCAAACAAGACAGAGAGCAUGCAGCAGCAAAGUGAUUGGGAGAAAGAACUGGAGCAGGUCAACAUGAUUGCUGGUGGCAAGCACUACACUACAAACCAUUCAAAAUGCUACUCAAGAAGAUCAGAGCUUACAAGAACUACAGCAAUACAUCAUACAAGGAUGGCCAGACACGAAGUACGGUCUUCCAUCAUACAUUACACAAUAUUACGACAUUCGGGAUGAAUUGACCGUGCAGCAAGGAAUGGUUUUGAAAGGAAUUACACUAGUGGUGCCACAAGCAGCUCGAAAAUUUGCUCUAGAACGAAUACACAGUUCACACAUGGGAGCAAAUGCUUGCAUUAGAAGAGCCAGAGAAGCACUUUAUUGGCCGGGUAUGACGAGCCAUAUUAGAAAUCAUGUACAGAAAUGUUCCAUAUGUCGAGACUAUGACAACAAGCAACAGAAGGAACCUUUGUUAGCACACGAAGUACCUCCAAGACCAUGGGCAAAAGUAGGAGCAGAUCUACUCAAAUUCAGGGGCCGUGAUUAUCUCAUAGUCACUGACUACUACAGUAAUUUCUGGGAGAUUGACAGACUACAAGCAACAACUUCAGAUGAUGUCAUCAGGAAAAUGAAACAACACUUCUCUCGAUAUGGCAUACUGGAAGUCCUCAUUUCUGACAACGGUACACAAUUCACAUCAAGAGAAUUUCGAUCGUUCACGAAGCAGUGGGAGAUACAGCAUGAGACUAGUAGUCCACAUCACCAUCAAUCCAAUGGCAAAGCAGAAAGCAGUGUAAAGACAGCAAAAUGA